GUAAUUUCGGCCUCCCCUAAAAUUAAAAUUCCCGGAUGCCCCUUCUCGGGCCAAUUGCGUUUUGCUUCAAUAGUCCGACUUCUCCCUCUCUUCUCUCUCUCUCUCUCCGCUGCUCAUCGGUGACACGGUACUCUACCAUAUCAAACUUAGAGAGAAUACAGCCACAGAAGGAUGCUUCAAGAUUUUGAAGUAUACUGAAUAGUUUUGGAUGGUUUUAUUGGACAGUUUUUUUGUAGAAGCUUUUUAGACAGUUGUACUUUUUGGUGGAAACUGGAAAACGCUAAGCUCAGAUUCGAUGGCGUGUAACCCCUCAAACUGCCAAUCAAAUUGCUAUGGAAAUGAAGAAAAAGCAGAGGUAGUAGUAGGAGAAGAAUAUGUCUCAGCCAAUCAGAAUCAGAAUCUGUGUAUAAAAUGCAAGACCAAGGAGCCCAUUGGUGGCAAUGAGGGGCGGAUGUUCUGCAUCGAAUGCUUUCGAAGCAACUUAUAUGGAAAGUUUAGGCUGGCUGUCACCUCCCAUGCCAUGAUUACUCCUACCGAUAAUGUCCUUGUUGCCUUCUCUGGCGGCCCUUCCUCUAGGGUGGCUCUACAGUUUGUACAUGAGUUGCAACACAAGUCCCUGAAGAACUUUGACGCAAGUAGAGAUAGGUCGUUACCAGUGUUUGGUGUUGGAGUUGCUUUUAUUGAUGAAACAACCAUUUCUUCACUUCCUUCUCACGAUAUUGACCGAGCAAUUCAAGACAUCAGAUUGAUCGUGUCCAAUCUAGCCCUGCCAAUAAAACAGUUGCAUGUGGUUCCCAUUGAAAACAUCUAUUCUGGUGAUGGGACAAACAGAUUGAAGAAUUUGCUAGAUGCUGUUAGUGAUACCACUGGAAAAGAAGAUCUUUUGCUACAUUUACAGAUGUUGUCCUUGCAAAAGGUUGCCUCUGAAAGUGGAUACAACAAGAUUGUACUAGGAUUGUGCACAUCGAGGAUUGCUUGCCAUGUGAUUUCGGCGACAGUAAAGGGCCAAGGAUAUUCUUUGCCGGCAGAUAUACAAUAUGUUGAUUCAAGGUGGGAGAUACCAAUAGUGCUUCCGCUCCGUGACUGUCUUGUGCAAGAGCUGAACAUGCUUUGCCACCUUGAUGGUUUAAAGACAGUGGAGUUUAAAGGUCCUUGCUCUGGCAUCAAUGGCUUGGUAUCGUCAUUUGUAAGGAUAUUGCAGGAAGAAAAUCCAUCCCGAGAGUGCACAAUUGUCAGAACAGCUGGAAAACUUACUCCGUUUCAUUUCAACAGGAUUCCGGAGAGCGAUGACUCUGUCAUCCCUUUGGCAACCAGAAGGCGUCAAAAGAGAUAUAAUCUAAAGCCUAAUGAGUCAAUAUCCUCAGAGUCAUUCUGUCCUAUCUGCAAUAGCCCACUUAACAAAUCUGACAUGCUAAGAUUGAGCAAUCUUGGGAGUUGCCAAACAAGUUCUGAUCGUUUUGGUGCUGCCUGCUGUUCAAGUUGCCGCUUUCAGAUACUUCCAAAGGAUCCCUCAUCAAUAGAUCACUUCUAUUCACUUUUACCCCAGCCAUUGGUUGCCCGAGCAAAGCAUAGUAGCUAUGAUAAUCUUAGUUUGCUUAGGGAGCAGAUACAAGAUUGCUUGCUUUCAGACAGUGAAGAUGAAAGUUGAUUUGACUUGCCCUUUCCUAUGGUCCUCGAUUUUUGAAGCAUAUAAUUCAUUUUUGGUGUUUGUUCCUAUUACAAAUCGCUCAGUUAGACAGUUACACAAAGAUAACUUCAACAUGCGGCAACAAAUGAACAAGAAUCUAAAGUAUUUACUCACAUCAGUUCAAUUGCCUGCCUUAUGAAUGACAUCAUAGCUUUCCUGCCGUCUAAGAUGAUAUAUAAAUGGUUAUCACAGUUUUCAAGUACUGAGAAACUUAAGAUUCAAAUCUUUUGUACUUUGAAGUGGAAGAUAUUACUAGUUGGUUACAGUGUUUAUCAUUUUACCUAUUAAUCCAUUUGAAUGCCCCUCCAUUGGUUGAAAA